UUGUCCAGUACAUCGAGACUCAGUAUUCGGGACAUGGUCUCUGCUCCGCGUUCUCGAUACCCUCUGUGAUCGGCACUUAGUCUUGGUCCAACACUGAGAUUACCCCUUUGAGGCCCUCUGCCAAAACUGCUCUCUCUUGCUAGAUCGACAGCAAUGGCUAAUCAAGGCUUUGACGUGUCUUUCCAGCAGGAAUUGGCUAGCCAAUCAUGGACACUAUACGGCAUUGGAAUGUUCACGAUAAUCAUUCGAACUGUUGCACGAUGGCGAAGAGUACGGAGUCCUUCACAAUUGGCACUGGACGAUUGGUUGAUGUUGACGGCUGUACCACUAUUCUACACAGGACUGAUCGUCUGCUUGAACGUCAUCGCACAAGGUGGAGGGAGUAAUUUGUUUCCCCCAGAAGAGUUCUCCACUUUCUCGCAAAAGGACAUAGAGGAGCGCAUCAAGGGAUCCAAGAUAGUGAUUGUCUCCGAACAAUGCAUGCUGAACGUGAUCUGGACCCUCAAGGCUUGCAUGCUGCUGAUGUUUGCACGCAUGACAUCAGGAACGACGCACCUCAAAUGGAUCAAAUUUGUCGCUGUGUACGUUAUAGUUGGCUGGAUAGCAGUGCAGAUUGCCUUCUUCACAGCUUGCAUACCCUUCCGUGGAUACUGGGCUGUACCCGUCUCGAAUCCUCAAUGCACCACACUAGAGCACUUUGCAAUCGUGCAAGCGUCAUUCAACCUCAGCAGCGACGUCUUGAUCAUCGCUCUUCCUAUACCAAUGGUUGUGUCACUGACUCUGCCAAACAAACAGAAGCUUGGUCUGGGAGUGCUAUUCAGUAUGGGCACGUUUGUUAUCAUCGCUGCAAUCCUCACUAAAGUCUACAAUUUAUCCGACGUAUACGAUACAGCCUACAUGUUAUGGUACACACGGGAAGCCUCGGUAGCUGUCUACGUAGCCAAUCUACCAGGCAUCUGGCCGCUGCUAAGGGAGCAUAUUCGCUUUCUUCGCGAUCACACCAAUUCAUACAUUACGGGACAAUCUCGCAUGCCACAAUAUGGCUAUGGCUCCAACUACGGGAAUUUGUCAAAGCCCCAGCGCAGUCACAUACGCAGCACUAUGGGAAAUGUUGAUUCGGAUGAAUUGGAACUCAAGAACUCAUACAUGAAGUCGGGUGCGCGGUCUAUACAUUCCUCUCCACACUUGCCGGGCGCGGAUUCUAGAUCUGGGAAGAGCAGUCUUGACAGCCAGGAGAGGGCACUCCACGGAUUGGGAAGUUGGAAGGGGAUGAACGUGAUGGAGGUGCAGGUGGACACCAGAGUCGAGAUACAAAGAGACAGCUGGGACGGGACAGCGGUUCAGGGUGUCCAAAGAACUCAGAUCGAGGGAGGCAGGAAGUGAUGUCUUUUUCCUGAGCUGUACUUUAUUAGAGUUAAUAUUAAAGACGACUUUCUCCCCUGCUGAUCGCAAGGUACUGAUCGACUACACCAAGUCGCACGACCAAGAACCC